AUGUCGGACAACGACCGAGCCAGGUUCGAUGCUCGUAUGAAAAUGAUUGAUAGUAAUGAUGAACAGGAUGAUGAAGGCUCUGACCUUGAUCCUGAAACUCGUGAAUCUAGUGACCCGAGCGAGUCCGAAGAUGAACAUGAGCCUGAUACCCGAAGUAAGGGGAAGGCAGUGGACCCCCGUAACUGGGGUGCUUCCAAGUUACCUGAGCACGACUUAAGUGUGCAACAGCAGGAAGCCGAAUUGGAACAUUACGCCCAAACUAAGAAACUCAAAAAGGUUCAUAGCCCAAAGUCAGUACUCAAAGGGAAGAAGGUUCCAGACUCUUUGACGAGUGGUGAGGAACAACUUCCUGUGCUCCCCAAGAAAUCGGAAGUUAGAGUUGCCCGAGAAAAAGCUCACCAUAAAAAAUCCAAAGUUCAUGCCAAGGAAAAUCGUGCAGCCUCCGAAGCCCUUUCUGAUCUUGUUGAAAAUCACAUCAAUUCUAUUGUGGCUGGGAAACCCUCGGGACACUCAAAAAAUUUCUCGGAACCAGAUAGAAUGCUAAGGCCAAGUGAAUUGAUUGCUCCGACGAACCACCUAGCCAAACUACUGAAUCCUAAACCCAAAGGGAAAAGUAGUCGCAAGGAUCACAAGCACAACAAGGCAAAAUAUGACCCACCGAGUUCAUCCUCGAGUUCGUCGUCGUCAUCUAGCAGUUCUCAGAGUGAUUUCGAUGGUCCUUCAGACUCGGAAAGCUCCGAUUCAGAUUCCAGCUCUUCCAAUUCAACGUCGGAUUCUCGCAGACACCGUCACAGGAGAAAAAAGCACCCGAAAAAGAAGAUGCUUUUGAAACCUGUCCCGCCAGAACCAUAUGACGGAUCUCCAGAUGUCCGUGCCAUAAUCAAAUUUGUUACUGGGCCACCACGAAACCGGGGUGAUUCUGUUCAACUCCUGAUAUGGAUGACAAAGUAA